CAGGCAUUCAGUCAGCGGCCGCAGCAGCAUGUGAGAUAAAAACUCUUGAAGCCGAGACGACGUACCACACGCUGGAGGAAGGCAUGGUGGAGUACUGCACCACCGAGACGCCGGUGACCGUCACCGCAGAGGCUCCGCUGGAGAUGCUGGCGGCGCAGGCCGAGUGCAAACCGCAGGAACUGAAGAGCCGCAUCGCGCUCAACUCCGCCAAACUGCUGCAGGAGCACCGCGUCACCAACCUGCACGUGCGCGAGAUCGCCCAGCACCUGGAGAACCAGAACGACCUGCUGCAGAUGAUCCGCCGCUCGCAGGAGGCCCAGGCCUGCGCUCAGGAGAGACAAGCCCAGGCUCUGGAGGGAACGCAGGCCGCCCUGCUCGCCCUCAUCCAGAUGUUCAGACCCGCUCUGAAGGACUUGAGGAAGUUUCUACAGAACGCCAAC